CAGCGGCGCAGGGGAUGGGUCGCGGUGGCCGGCGGCGCGGGCGCGGCGUCGCGGCGUCCGACAGCGCAGGCGCUGUGUCGUGGCAUACCUUCUCCCCUCUCUCUCACUAACCCUGGCCUCCCAAACCUUCUCCCCUCUCCCUCUCCUCUCCCUCUCACUCGCUCCCUUCCCGAACCGGAUCCAUGGCAGGAAUGGUGUCGUCUCCGGAUCCAUGGGUGAGGGAGUACAGCGAGUCGUCCAGGCUCGCGGAUGAUGUAACCUCCAUAAUUGGUGAGAGAGGGUCGCUCCCGCAGUCUGGCCCGGAGAUCAUGCGCCACACGUCGGGGAUUCUGAGGAAGAUAACCAUUCUCGGCAGGAGGCUGGAUAGCUUGGAGGCGCUGCUCUCCAGGAUUCCUCCGAAAUUGAUCACAGACAAGCAGUUGCAUAAGCGGCAGGACAUGCUUUCAAAUAUGAAAUCUAGAGCAAAGCUGAUGGCUACAAGUUUCAACAUGUCAAACUUUGCCAACAGGGAGGAUUUGCUUGGUCAAAGUAAGAAAUGAGCUGAUGAUAUGAGUAUAGUAGCUGGGUUGGAUAACCAAGGAAUCAUUACCCUUCAGAGGCAAGUUAGGAAAGAUAUGGAAGAUCAAUUUCUCAAAUAGCUUGGUUUUGCUACGCAAUUUUUUGUUGCUUGCCGUGGAACUAUUGUUUGAUUCUGGAAGCAGAGAUGAAUUCUUUUGAAUAUGAGAUUGUAUAGUUUAUUAGGUUAAAUAUGAGACGAACCAUUAUUUGAAUUUUGUUGUAUUCUGAUUGUAUCUGUUAUUAGUUGAAUCCGAGAUGGUAUUUGUCAUCUAUGAUGUUACGAGAAAUUAGAUUGAAUUUGGUGGGCCCAAAUUUAAUGGGUCUGUUUUAGUAGGCUUUGAUUUGAUAGUUUGGUUGACAAAAUAG